GAAUAAAGUGCGUGUAUUUAUACGCCUUUCUUUCUGCAUCAUUCAAGAGCAAAACAUAUUCGUGUCUGAUCUUCCGUGAUCGAACUGUUCUGUUUUCCUAACUCAUCAAAGCUGUUGGAACCUUCUCGUACUUCUUCACCGCCAAGCGAAAACGGUCCGGGUGUGAUUAUAUGUGGAUGCUUCAGUGAAUUGAAUGCUGAUUAUAUAAGUUAAUUACACAUAGAUUAUAUAAUGGGUGAUGCGGGGAAGAUGAGGAAUGUUGGAAAUGGUGGUUAUCUGUCAUUUCUCAAAGAUAGUGGAGUAUAUGGAAUCAUUGGUGGAAUUGUGGUUGCCAUUGUUAUUCCAAUACUCCUCUCCAUCGUACUUCGUGGGAAAAAAAAGCUGAAGCGGAGAGGAGUUCCAGUUGAAGUUGGUGGUGAGGCUGGAUUAGCAAUGCGCAAUGCCCGAUCUUCCAAAUUAGUUGAGGUUCCUUGGGAAGGGGCAACAACAAUGGCAGCACUGUUUGAGCAAUCAUGUAAAAAGCAUUCAGAAGGGAAGUUUCUUGGGACAAGAAAAGUAAUUUCCAAGGACUUCAUCACUGGAAGUGAUGGAAGAAAAUUCGAGAAGUAUCACCUUGGGGAUUACCAAUGGGAAACCUAUCAACGGAUCUUUGAUCGUGCAUGCAACUUUGCUUCUGGGCUCAUUAAACUGGGACAUGAUACAGACACCCGUGCUGCUCUUUUUUCUGAAACUCGGGCAGAGUGGUUCAUUGCCUUUCAGGGCUGCUUCCGGCAAAACAUCACUGUUGUUACAAUUUAUGCCUCUUUAGGAGAGGAUGCCUUAGUCCACUCAUUAAAUGAGACUCAAGUAUCAACCCUAAUUUGUGAUCAAAAGCAAUUGAAAAAGUUGGCUGCAAUAAGUUCGAAGCUGCCAUCUAUCCGCCACAUUAUUUAUUUUGAAGAUGAUGACUCUUCAAAUGAUUCCAGUGGUGCCAAAGAUGUCAGUAACUGGAAAGUUUUAUCUUUCCCAGAGGUGGAAAAACUUGGAAAAGAGAAUCCUGCUCCUCCUAAUUUGCCAAUUAAGAAGGAUAUAGCUGUCAUCAUGUACACUAGUGGCAGUACAGGCCUUCCAAAGGGUGUUAUGAUGACUCAAGGCAACAUUGUAGCUACUGCAGCUGCAGUUAUGACGGUGAUCCCAGGACUUGGAAGCAAGGAUGUAUACUUGGCAUAUUUACCCCUAGCUCAUGUGUUUGAAUUAGCUGCUGAGACUGUCAUGUUGACUGCGGGUGUUGCAAUUGGCUAUGGUUCAGCUCUGACAUUAACCGACACAUCCAAUAAAAUAAAAAAGGGAACCAAGGGAGAUGCUUCUGUAUUGCAUCCUACAUUAAUGGCAGCCGUUCCAGCCAUACUUGAUCGUGUUAGAGAUGGAGUUCUGAAGAAGGUUGAUGAGAGAGGAGGUAUUGUGAAGAAACUUUUCAACAUUGCUUAUGCACGGAGGCUGGCAGCCAUUGACGGAAGCUGUUUUGGGGCGUGGGGUUUAGAAACUAUGUUGUGGGAUAUAAUUCUUUUCAAAAAGAUAAGGUCUAUUCUUGGAGGAGAAAUUCGAUUCAUGCUUUGUGGAGGAGCACCUUUAUCUGGAGAGACACAGAGAUUUAUCAACAUCUGCAUGGGUGCUCCAAUUGGCCAAGGAUAUGGCCUGACAGAAACUUGUGCUGGAGCUGCUUUUUCUGAGUGGGACGACCAGUCUGUUGGCCGUGUUGGCCCCCCUCUUCCUUGUUGCUACAUCAAGCUUGUUUCUUGGGAAGAAGGCGGCUACACCAUAUCGGAUAAGCCAAUGCCCCGAGGGGAGGUUAUCAUCGGAGGGGCAAGUGUCACUGCUGGUUACUUCCAAAAUGAUGCCAAAACUGCAGAAGUCUACAAGGUCGAUGAAAGCGGCAUGCGCUGGUUCUACACCGGAGAUAUUGGAAGGUUUCAUCCCGACGGAUGCCUUGAGAUUAUUGACAGGAAGAAAGAUAUCGUAAAACUUCAACAUGGGGAAUAUAUCUCACUUGGCAAGGUUGAGGCUGCCCUUGUCUCGAGCAGUUAUGUAGACAACAUCAUGGUGUAUGCCGAUCCAUAUCACAGCUUUUGUGUCGCCCUUGUUGUUCCUGCUCGACAGGCUCUUGAAGGCUGGGCCAAAGAAUCUGGACUCAAUUACCAGGAUUUCUCCGAGCUCUGUGAAAAUGCAGAUGCAAAAAAAGAGGUCCAACAAUCACUUGCCAAGGCGGCUAAGGAAGCGAAACUGGACAAGUUUGAACUACCGGCGAAGAUCCAGUUGUUGCCAGAUCCUUGGACUCCCGAGUCGGGGUUGGUCACUGCAGCUCUAAAAUUGAAGAGGGAGCAAUUGAAGGCCAAGUUCAAAGAUGAGCUCGAAAAGCUGUACAAAUGAAGACACUUCAUUCACCUGCAGUUGGUCUGAGAUUUUCACAAAGACUGUUUUUUUACUGUUUCUGCUCCACCUUGAGUUUCUUCUUUCUACAGAGUGUUUUUAUUAUAGUAUAAGUUUCUGACCCUAAUCAGUCUGUGUUGAAUAAUACAAAUAACUGAGUUAUGGAUUGUAGGUUGGUUUAUGAUUCUGUAUUCUGUGUUGGACUUGUCUUAACCUUGCUGUGGUGAUUUUGUAGUUCUUUUGAA